GGAGGGGACACACAACCCGGGGAGAGGGUGACUGGGUAAAGGGGGGGGAGGCUAAGGGGCUACCGGAGAGCUUCCGCGGUAGCCGGAGGGGCUCCGAGACUCUCGGAGGAGCUCUCGGGGCAGUUCCGGGGCUCCCGGUUGGGUUCCCUGUGGGUUUCCGGUGCUCCCGGUGCCGCCGCUGACCGCUCCCCCUCUCCCCCCGCAGGCCGAGGCGAUGCCGCUGCCCGUGGCGCUGCAGUCCCGCCUGGCCAAGCGGGGGCUGCUGAAGCACGUGGAGCCCGAGCCGGAGGAGGAGAUCAUCGCGGAGGACUACGACGACGCGCACGUGGAUUACGAGGCCUCGCGGCUGGAGGCGCUGCCCCCGCCCUGGUACAAAGUCAUCGACCCGACCUGGCUCCUGCUGCCUCACAGCGGGCUGCCCUACUACUGGAACGUGGAGACCGACCUUGUGUCCUGGUUGUCCCCAAACGACCCCAACUCUGUCAUCACCAAAGCUGCCAAGAGGCUCAAAGGGGCACAGGAGGCCGAGGAACCCCCCGAAAGGGGCUACGAGAAGGAGGAGCCCCCCCGGGAGCGGCGCUUCCACCGGCGCGAGGAGCUGGCGCCGUACCCCAAGAGCAAGAAAGGCAGCCGCAAGGACGAAGAACUGGACCCCAUGGACCCCAGUGCCUACUCGGAUGCCCCCCGGGGUACAUGGUCCACGGGGCUCCCCAAGAGGAACGAAGCGAAGACCGGGGCGGACACGACGGCCGCGGGGCCCCUGUUCCAGCAGCGCCCGUACCCCAGCCCUGGGGCCGUGCUCAGGGCCAAUGCCGAGGCCUCCCGGGGCAAGGACUGACCCAACCCCCACCCCGGGACCCCCAAAACUCACCCCAGGACCCCAAACCCACCCCCGGGAACCCCAAAAACAUCUCUGGGGAUCCCAAAUACUCCCGUGGGGACCCCAAAACCACCCCCAGGGACACCAAAACCACCUCUGGGACCCCCCAAAACCUCUCCCCGAGACCCCCCCAAAUUGCUGCCCUCGGUGGAAUAAAGGUGCUGAAGACUCA